AUGCUUGCUUCCCUCGGAAAACCGAGAGAAGAGAUUCCGUAUGAAAAUCGUGAAGAACAGCGAGUAAGUAAAAAACCGCAGUCGCCAAAACUCUAUGAAAACAGUGAAGAACAGCGAGUAAGUAAAAAACCCCAGUCGCCAAAACUCUAUGAAAACAGUGAAGAACAGCGAGUAAGUAAAAAACCCCAGUCGCCAAAACUCUAUGAAAAUCGUGAAAAAUUGCCAAACGGUUUGAGAGGAUAUUAUGUACAUAGACUUCUCGUAAAUGCUGUUGCAAUGUGGGCUUCGCCUCGUUAUGCUUGGUAUAUUUACAGACUUCUUGACGAAAUUCAUAGACAAGAACGUGAAGAGAUGGAAAACAAGCUUGAAGCAAAAGAUGAAGUCAUUCAGAAAAGAAUACCACGUUCGGUACCAAAAGGAAAGGAAAAGAACUAUAAGUAUAUGAUAUAUACUGAAGAGAUGGAAAAUGAAGAAGACAGAGAUAUGGUUAUGUUGCAUUUAGUCAGAAGAAACAACAAAAGCUUUUACGACCUUGCUAAGAUUUACAAAUCUGACAGAAAUUGGUUCUAUCGCGAAAACUUACCGAUUUCAAUGACACCGAAUGAAGAUGUGAAACAAAUAGUUCAAGAUACGUUACCUCAAACACACUAUGAUAUGAAAGGUUGUACAAUACUUACCUUCAAAGAAGAUUUGCCGCUACUGAAGGAAAAAAUAACAGAGUAUUUUGACAACUUCAAACAAGCAGAGUAA